UUUACACCCUCGUCCAGCUGGUGGCGGUAAUGCACCAAAUAGCGAGGUUGCCAGCCAAUUACUAGAACGACGAAUAAGAAAAAGAAGACGAAGACGAAGAACCGGGAGAAUCCAAUUUGAACGACGCAGCAGAAAACACAACUUGAAAAAAAUGAGUGACAUGGAGACUAUCAACCACCACAUUAACGACAGGAUUUCGUCCAUCCAACGCGUGUUGGAUCUGUCAAUUGCAGAGGUGCCUGAAACUAAAAUGAAAAAACUUGGACAAGAACUUCUUGCGCUGGAGAGUCUUCUGGAAGAAUUUGAGAAACAUGUUGGCCGUCAGAAAGACGAACUAAAUUCCUUGAAGGAACUUGAACAGUUAUUCGAAAAAGACUUGAAGAGUCUCCAGCACCUUAAGGACAAUAUACCUGCCCAUAUUGCCAAGAACAAAUGUCCUGAAAUAGAAAAAGAGCCUUCCACCAACCAGGACCAGGCAGCAAAUUUGGAACCUGUCAAGCUCGACGUUGUCAAAAACAACACCAAGCGUUACGUCAAAGAGAUGGACUUCAUCACUGUGGAUGAGUUUGAACGCAUACCCCAGUAUAUGAAAGGACGGGUGUCAUACGAGCAAAUCAAUGCAGCAGUGCAGAACAUUAAUACAGCUGUGGAAGCCAAGUAUACAAUCGUCCACCAACCUGUGAAAACUCUAAAAAACAACGCACGCAAGCUGCGCCAGCGCUUCAAGGAUCAGGAGACUAAAGAAACCAAAGGUCAGUACUUUGUGGUGGAAGAGGAUGUACGUGAAUUCACACAGAUGAAGGUUGACAAGCGACUUCAGAGCAUUUUUAACAUGUUGCGUCACUGCCAGCGCACACGGGAGCUGCGAGGAGGAGGCACCACUCGUUACAUGCUGGUAUGAAUAACUCAAGCCCUGACACAAGUCUCUGCUUUAAAAUACUGUCAGAUUUUUUUUACACACACUUCUUUCCCAUUUUGGACUGAUCACCAAUCAACCACAGUGCUGACACAGACAAAAAAAAUUAAAACACAGAAAAAUAUCAAACCUGGCAUACUGUAAAGUUUUUUUUUUUUGAUAUACCAACUUUACAGAGAACAAACUAAUUUACAAUAAAUAAUUUACCAAAGCUAUUUUAUUGUAAACUCUUGAAGGUGGGUGCUACACUGAAAUAAUUGUUUACUGAAGGUGAAACAAGGAUAGCAUUUUAGAAACGUGGAAAAUUGUUAGCCUGACUUUUUGUGCUGCUGGAAUUUUUGAGGUAGAAACAAAAAUUUCAGCAAAUGUUUUGGUACGUUGAAAAUGGAUAAUCUGAAUGGUUUAAAUCUGUUCAAUAAUAUGAGUGGUAGUAAUUAUUGGUUUUGAGAAGGAAUUUGUUUUAUGGGAAAUGGACAACAAUUAAAAGUCGAAUACUGAAUGUUUUCAAUUGAUUUUUGUAAAUAUCUCUUCAGCACUGUCACAAUUUUAUUCUUAAUUAAAGCUAAAUGGCAUACACUUAUGUUGAUAAAA